UAUACUCCGUUCACACAACGCAAUCCUUUAUUUUCUCUCUUUCUGACUUUUCUCUCAUCUUUCCCAACUUUUCACUCUUCAAUUCUCUUUGGACCUCUCACUCUUAACCUUCCUGAGAAAUGGGGUUCUUUAUUUUUUCUCAAUGAUUUAUCUUUAGCUCAAAUUCAUUUUUUAAUAGAAAAUCAAGCUUAACUGUUCUUACCCAAAACCCCAAAUGGACGAAAGCAGGGAAAUUGCACUGACCCAGAUGAGAAAAUCAGUUGAAAAGCUAGGGUCUUCCACUCAGAAUUAUGGAGACCCAACGCUGAUGAGAUUCUUGAUUGCAAGAACAAUGGACCCAGACAAGGCAGCAAAGAUGUUUGUUCAGUGGAAGAAAUGGAGGGCUGCAUUGGUGCCUUUAGGGUUCAUCCCGGACUCCGAAGUUCAGGAUGAAUUGGAAGCUCGAAAGAUUUACUUACAGGGUUUAUCCAAAGAUGGGUACCCAGUUAUGAUUGUGAAAUCAAGGAAACAUUUUCCUUCGAAGGAUCAACUUCAAUUCAAGAGUAAGUUUUUGGAUCACUCAUUGUCUAAUUAAUGUUAAUCUUGAUUA